UCCCGACGUGAUCUCGCCACCAAACCAAAUGCAAACCGUUGGAGAAAACAUAAACACCUUCGUCCUGGUCGGACGCAGCGGCCACAGCUCCACUACUUCCUCUCCGGCAUCUACUUAAGAACUGCAAAGGUUUUUCUUCCGACAAAGAAUUGCAAAGGUGAGCUUACUUCUUCUUCUUCUGCAAAGCCGUUCCUGAGCCGAGAUGUAUCUUGAUGUGCAGAAGAUGCCGACGUUGUGCAUCACGGUGGACAUGGGGUGCAGCCGCUGCAGUGCCAAGAUCCAGAGGGUCCUGUCCUCCAUCCAGGACCGAGGCAAGUUUGUCAUCGAGAAGAUCGUGUACGAGGAUAACAGGGUGCUCGUGUCGGGGCCCUUCGACGCCGACAAGCUGACAUGCAAGCUCUGGUGCAAGGCCAGCAACGUCAUCAAGAACAUUGAGGUCGUCAAGCCGCCGGUGGUAGCCAAGCCGAAGGACGACCCUCCCAAGCCCAAGAAGAAAGAGGACAAGCCCGAGCCCAAGCCAGCCCCGUGCAACCAGCUGGUGCCGUACGCGUAUCCGCUGCCGUACCCGCUGCCGUACCCAUCGGCGUGCCCGUGUGGCUGCGCUACGUCGUACUGCGAGUGCCACUCCAAGCCACCUCCUCCGGCACCGGCGCCGGCGCCCACGUGCCAGUGCCCGGCGUGGUCAUCUUGCCACUGCCACACCUACCCGCCGUACCAGCAGCCCAUGCCCAUGCCGUGCACGCCGAUGGUCAUCUGCGAGGAGAGCCCGCCCGCCUGCACCGUCAUGUAACUGCGACACGGUGUGCACCAUCUCUUCGAAGCCUCCAUGUAUCCAUUCCAUGAGUGAUUUGUUUGUAAUUCUUUCAAUAUAUUUCCUUAAACGUCUUCGAGCUUAAUGAUUUCUGUCGAAUAAGUGAGCGUUGUAUAUAUGUUGCUUAAGGAAUCAGGAAUUCCCAAGCAGCCUAGAGCAAUUUUCACCUUGUUCAAAGAUCCUUUACUCUUAGAAUUUGGAAAUACAAUGCCUUGUUUUACUUUUA